AUGGAGUCAGGAGAAGGAGAUGGUACUGGUGCUACUGCUGCAGCAACAACAGCAGAAGAGAGAGCAAAGAUUCUGAAGAGGAAUUCCGAUGAUAUGGGUUGGGCUUAUGGUCAGCUUGUUGAUCCUAACAAUCUUCAGAGAGUGAAGUGCAAUUUCUGCAGUCAGAUUUUCACGGGAGGUAUUUACCGGCUGAAGCAACACAUUGCGGCAAACUCAAAUGCGGUGAGGACCUGCCUGCGGUGCCCACAAGAAGCUAAAGAAGCUUGCUUAAAAGCUUUUGAAGAAAAGGCAUCAAAGACGCAAAAAAAGUAUGAGCACGAGAAGGCUGUGAGAGAUGUUGUUGUUAUUGAUGCAUCAUCUACUCCUCAAGGUCAAGCUCGAGAUGAUGAUGAACUCACUUGUAUUGGUAGCUCACAACCUCAUGUGUUAGGUCCUAUAGAUAAGUGGACACGUACAAUUGACCCCAAGUUAUCCGGAGAAGCAAGACUCAAGCAAAUGAAGAUUAAAAAGGCAGCAUGGGAGGAGAGAUCACUUCGAGCACAUGAGUACAUUGCAAGAUGGGUGUAUACCCAUGCAAUAUCGUUCAAUGCAAUUAACAAUGAUGAGUUUAGGCAGAUGGUUCAAGCCGUUGGUCAAUUUGGCCCAGAUCUAGAUCCACCUAGUCAAUAUGAUCUCCGGGAGACUUUCCUGAAGUCUGAAUAUGCAAGAACCAAGAGUGAACUCAAGGAACGAGAGGUUGAGAAGGGCAAGCAUGGUUGCUCUCUCAUGACUGAUGCUUGGACUGACAUGAAGAGGAGAAGCAUUAUGAAUCUGGUCACACAUUGCUCGGAAGGUGUUAGCUUCAUCAAGUCAAAGGAAACAUCAGCCACACCACAUACAAGUGAGAUGAUCUUCAAUCUAGUUGACAAGACAAUUGAAGAAUUAGGUGUUGAACAUGUGGUGCAGGUUGUGACUGACAAUGCUUCGAACAACAUGGGUGUUAAGGAUCUCUUGAAAGUGAAGAGGCAGAAGAUAUUUUGGAGCUCAUGUGCGACUCACACUGUCAAUUUGAUGCUCCAAGGGAUUGGCAACUUAGCUAAGUUCAAGAAGAUAAUUGAUCAAGCCAAGGCUUUCACAAUAUUUGUGUAUGGGCACCAUCGCACCUUAGAGUGCAUGAGAUCCUUCACCAAGAAGAGAGAAAUCAUAAGGCCAGGAGUAACUAGAUUUGCUUCCCAAUUCCUCACUUUGCAAAGCCUUGCAGACAAGGCUGAUUCACUAAGAAAGAUGGUGGUUUCCUCUAAGUGGGAUAAGAUCAAGGAUGUGCACUCAAAGAAAGGAAAGGAUGCUACAGCCAUAAUUCUCAACAAGCCCUUCUGGAAGGGUGUGAAUCUUUGCAUCAAGGUGUUUGAGCCAUUGGUGAAGGUCCUCCGGUUGGUUGAUGGUGAUGCACGGCCCUCAAUGGGCUUUCUGUAUGGAGAGAUUGUGAAGGCAAAGAAAGAAAUCAAAGAGGCCUUUGAUGACAGCAUAUUUGAUUCUGUUGACACCAAUACAGCCUUCUAUUCUUGUGUGGAGACAUUCUAUCAUGGUGAUGAAAACAUGCAAGACAAAGUUGUGAACUAUGAAAUAGGCAAGUUCCAAAGCAGAGAGGGUUCCUUUGCAAAGAAGCUUGCUAGGACUUGCCAAAACUUUGACUACAAUCCUGUGGCUUGGUGGAGAAUGUAUGGAGGUGAGACACCAGGGCUGAAGGACAUGGCUAUGAAGAUCCUUUCUUUGACCUCAAGUUCUUCCGGCUGUGAGAGAAAUUGGAGUUGUUUUGAGUCGAUACACAUCAAGAGGAGAAAUAGACUUACAACAAAUCGCCUCAAUCAGCUUGUGUACAUCCAGUUCAACUCAAGACUGUUAUCCAAGAAGAAAAAGAUCAAGCAGAGGAAGAACAUUGAUGCUCUCCUGAGUACUGAUGCAUCCGAAGCACAAGGCUUGUUGUUUGAGGGAGGAGAUGAUCAUGCUUUCAUAGUGUUUCCAGAUGGAGAUGAGGGAGCAGAUGGCAUACCUUGGAGUGUGGUUGGAGAUGCUAUGGGAACCAGUGAACAACUUGAGCUUCGUCGAAGUGCAAGGGUUAGAGAUCUCCAUGAUGAAGAGUUUGAGUCAGAUGAAGAAGAAGUAGAGGAGACAGAUUCAGAGGAGGAGGACAUAGAGUACGAGGAUGAUGAAGAUGAAGUGGUGACUGGGCGCACUUAUGCGGAUGAGGACUGA